CGGUUAACUUCAGCAGCAGGGAGGACGUUUUCUUUUAAAUUAAUACCAUACAUACUGUAGUCAAGACUCAUUUAAGAUUUUAUUUUUACUUUUUAAUUAAACAAUGUAAUUAAUCACCCCGGAUAACUUAUUGGGAGUGAUAAUUGUCUUUGAGAACUUGAAGAUGGAGGAUCAGAUCAUGGACUGGCUUUAUGAACAUGGUAUCAAACAUGAAUUUAAUAACUUGUGUAAUAAGAUUGAGGCAGAUUUUCAGGAUAGGAAGAGAUUCCCAAGUAUUCCACAAGCAUCCUUUCUUUUGCUGCUAAGACAUCUUCAGAUUAUCCUCUUCACCCUCACCACCACCAAAGUAAUGAAGACAUUUUAUCUUGAGGAGAUUAUAGAAGUGUUGGAAGAGGUCUUGAAAUUAAACAAGCUACACCGAUCAACUGAGUUCCAUACUUCUGUUAUUAGAUUAUAUAUAACAGCCAAAUUACUGUUGGUUGACGAUGAAGAGUUACAACCUGACAGUGUGCAGCGGCAUCUGACGUAUUCGAGUUGGGACGAUGUGAAACAACGAUUGAACUAUCAGGAUGAUAAAUACAAGUUCGAUCACGCCGAACUCUUGAUUAUUGCUCUUUGUGCCGUCGAGCAAAGAGAUUCCCCCAAGCACUUGAAUCAAGGUAUUCAUGAUGAUGCAGAGGAGUUCCUUCGUAGUCAACUCCCUUGGGUAAAGGAUAUGUUGAUGCGAGAGCUUCCUCCCACGGCGCUGCACAAGUUGAUAAAUGCAAAAGAUUUGCAAGAAAUGCUUCCCAUACCAGACAUUGUGGACUUUAAAAUUCUCUUAAGUAAUUUCGGCAAUAAUGUACCAGUAAGCGAAAGUGACUUAAUAAAGAUAGUGGAAACACUUGUGAUAGACAAAAGUAAGUAUUUAGGACAAUUGGUACAGGUAGAUGAUGUGAAAGAAGGGUCAACUACCGGUAAUGCAAACGGCAACAAAGAAGAGAAUAGUCAUAAGGACUCGGUAAUGGCCGAGCCCAAAUUAAAGACUCGGGGAAAAAAUAGAGCCACGUCACAGUUGCUAGAUAAAGUGAGUGUUCCAAGCCAGAAGAGAAAUAUUUCCCCAGCACACACAAGCAAAAAGGAUUCUCGUGACUUGGAUUGUGAAGAAAUAAGUGAAGCCGCGGUUGAUUCGCAGAGAUGUAAGGACGGACAGACGGGUCAUUUAGAUAGAAGCCAUCCAUUUAAUAGUGAGACCAGUUUAUUUAUAUUGAAGCCAGGUCAGUCCCAAUCGUUUACUUAUAAACCACAAGAGCCAAAUACUUCUCAGAGCUUAGACCUCUCACAAAAUAUUGACUCGGAAAGUUCCUCAAGUGAAAACUGUCUGGAAACAGCUGUGCUACUUUCACCAGAUUUUGAAACUUGUGAAUGCAGAGAGAGUCGGUUACAAAAUUUUAUUACAGCUACAGAGUGUAACAGUGAUGAAGACACUCCACGUUUGUAUUUAAGCUGUUCUUCACCGGAGUUGCAGUUGAUACCCAAACCUCAAGAUAACCUCCCCAAAAAAACCCACAAUAAGAAAUUUGAAGAUAAAAUAGAGAGUUUGUGUCAGGGGAAUACGGAAGAAAAGUCUGGAAAUAAUGUAGUUAGUAAGAAACCACCACAACAGGCUGUAAGUUCUCAAAAGACUGAAAUUAUUGAAAUUACAAGCAGUGACUCUUCUCUAAGGUAUUCUCCAAAUGUAAACAAUGAAUCCUCCUCACCCACUUCCACAAUUAUUUUGUCCACAACACAAGACAUAAUUUCCACAACUGACAAAAGUAAAAAAACAUCUGCAAGAAGAAGUAGCAAACACAAGCGCUUACGUUCAACUAGAAUUAAAGAAGCUGUUAACGAAAGUCACAGCAGUAAAAGUUCGUUAUCUUCUGGCCAAGAUGAGAUCCCAGGCAGGAAAAGAACCAGGGCAGUUCUUAAAAGUUUUGAAGAACAAAUUAAAAAGAAAAGGGCACGAUUGUCUUGUGAUUAUGAUGACUUUGCAUCUUCGACCAAAUCAAGAGUUAAGGCUCAAGGAAAAAAACAAAAAUCUACCGGAAAAAGACGAUCUAUAAGGUUGCAGAAGAUGAACGUCUCCGAAGAAGAUUUAGAAAGCGUGUUAUCAUCAAAACUUUCUACAAUUAAGGUUAGUUCCUCUAAUUCUGAUGAGGACGAGGCAUUCUUCACGCCAUUGAACAGCCCGGAACCAAGGUGACCUAUUCACAUACAGUAACGACCUUUGCCAAAGGGACUUAACAGUUUUGAGCGCAGGAAAUACUUGCCAGAUGGACCUUGUUGAAUAAUAUUUUUGAUGUAUUCAGACAACCAAAAUAAACACUCAGGCUGUGACAAAGGUGCCAGGUUAUAUACAGGCUGUGACAAAGGUGCCAGGGUAUAUACAGGCUGUGACAAAGGUACCAGGGUAUAUUUUUAUAGUCAAACUUUUACAGUCAGUCCUCCUCUUUUUACAGUUCCAUUUGUAUAGUCCAGUAAUUAUUGCCGUUUAUAUCCUUUACAAAGUCUGCUUUCACUCGUAAAUGCUUCGGCUUGGUUGCCUCCAUUGAUGAAGUACUGUAUUCAACUCUUAACUGACCGUAGCGACUGACAUUAUUGUAAAUUAAUUAACCCUUGUUUGUGGUACACCGUCGUUUAUGUGGGUGACGAUGUUAAUAACUUUAUCCUUAUUUUCCUCUAUUUUAUACCUGUACAGCGAUACUAAUUAAGUUAUAUAAAAUAAAUGGAUUCAUAGGUAAUGUGAGAAAAUUGCCUCAUAGAUGAAUAUUUUAAAUUUCUUUGAGUCUUUUGCUUCAUGAAUCUUGGUGGUUCACUGUUUGGGAUCAUUGUUGGUGUGUGGCUGCCCAGGUAUGUUGAGUCACUUAGCCGGGAGCUACUCGUAAGUUUUUGUGCGUGUGGCAAGUCAUUACCGUGUGGCUUAUGUGUCGCCCUACCCCACUGCCAGCCUGUAACUAGGCCUAUGAACUGUGUUGAUAAACCAUUGUUGUAAAUUACUCAAUAUAUGUAUACAUGUUUUAA